AUGGGGGCGGUGCGGGCCGGGGCCAGGCGCGUUGAUCGCGGCGUGCGCCCCCGCAGGGCUCUGCCCGCCGCCGCCCUGGCGCUGCACUGCGUGGACGGGGUCUUCCUCUCCCCCAGCGAGAACGACUUCGUGAGCCGGGUGGCCGAGGAGCUGGAGCUCUUCCUGCUGCAGAGCCAGCACGAGAGGGUCCUGCUGUUCCCGCCCUUGUCCAGCCGCCUCCGCUACCUGAUCCACAGGACCGCGGACAACGUCGACUUGUUGAGCAGCUUCUCCGUUGGGGAAGGCUGGAAGAGGAGGACGGUUAUCUGCCACUCAGCCAUACGGUUGCCUGAUGAGGCUGGCGAUCAAAAUGGCUCCUGCAGCAGCACAUCAAGAUCCCACCGCCCUCUCCAGUCAAGAGGCAGGGGAGGCCGGGCCGCAGGGCUGCGCCAUGCAGAAAUGCCUGCUGAUGGCUCUCGAACCAACCGAGGAACUGGCAGGACCAGGAGGCAGCCCCGGAGGAAGCCAGAUAAAGCUCUGUAUGUCCCUAGAGCAAUGCGCAAGAAACAGGAGGAAUGGAAAGAUGAAGCACUGGCAGCACCUGCAUCUGAGCCAGGAGUUGAGGUGCAAGAGGAGGGGAACUCUCUUGAAAGCACACCUGAACAGGCCGCUGAUGAGCUAGCAAGCUGUGAAAGCAUCGUAGGUCCCAGCCAGGAAGUGGACAUUACCCCUCCGGCCCCUGACAAGAAACUCUCUGAAGUCCAGGUGCCUUGUGAGAUGCAUGAAGAGCAAGCAAUGAGUGAAAUCAGGGAUGAGGAAAGUAGCAAGUGUCCAGUGAAUUGUUUGGACACCCCUGUAAUGGAACAUAUUAAGAACUCAGCAGUACUGGAAGGUCAGGAGAACAGCUCUGCAAGUACCACUGUACUGGAGUGCAGCAAAAAGCUAUGCCAGCCAGAAGAUCAAGAUGGAGACCCUGUGGACUGCAGUGUAUCAGGGUAUAGUAAAAACUCAGUCCUGUCAGGAAGCCAAACUAAAGAUUGUACUGUAGCAGAGGGCAGCAAAGCCUCCUCAGUACCGGAAAACCAGGAUCAUGGUGCCACUAUAUUGGACAGUGAAAAUCUACCCCUGCUGGCAGAUCCUAAUAAGGACUAUGUGGAGGCCACCAUGCUGGGUCACAACAAGAACUUGUCUGAAUUGGAAGGCCAGGAUAAAGACUGUACAGGUGCUGCCACAUUGGAAUAUAGCCAGCACUUAAGUCUUCUGGAAGAUCAGAUGGAUGCCUCUGUACCAGAGCAUGGUGAAAACCCAUCCGUAUUUGAUGAACAGGAUAAGUCCUCCAUGGAUAAUUCUGAACCAGAUCAUGGCAAAAAGGAACCCUUGCCAGAAAAGCAGGAUAAGAACUGUACAGUCUUGGCUGGCACGCUAUGGGCUGAAUUGGAAUUGUCUGCCGGAGAUAAAAGCAUGACAAAUUCACCAGGUAGCGAGCAGGAAGAGCGCUGCUUCGAGGAUGAGUGCAGUGCUGAGCUCUUGGAAGAGAUUGCAGCAUACUUAACUGUGAAGGACAUCAGCAUUGAGAAGAUUCAGUUUGAUUACUCUAGCUAUGGUGAUGCACAGAUCAAUGAGGGACACUUUGGUCACGUGAUAGAGAUCUACGACUUCUUGCCAUCUCUGAAAACGGAUCAUUUGAUGGAAGCAUUUUCCGAGUUCCAUGAGAGUGGUUUCAAAAUUCAGUGGGUUGAUGAUACGCACGCUCUGGGUAUCUUCUCCAGUCUGGCAGCAGCAUCUCAGGCCCUGGGACAGACCUAUGCAACUUUAAAGAUCCGACCGUUGAUCCACGGGACAAGACAGUCUAAAAUCAAGGCACUUCAGCGACCAAAGCUUCUUCAGCUUGCUAAAGAGAGACCCCAGACAGACACAGCAGUGGCUAGAAGGCUGGUGACAAGGGCAUUGGGACUACAGCACAAGAAGCAGCGGGCCCCUGGCAGUGAAGUGUUACAGCCAGAGAACGUGGACCAGGAAGAGUGAGCCAGAUGAGUGCGUCUCUGCUAUUAAACUGCAUGCAGAACAGUGAGUUGUCAUUAGGACAUUCUUCUGUGGGUUAGUGUGGUGUUUUCUUUCUAAGUUGGCAAGGGAAAAGUUUACUAUUUUUGAGAUGUCCAACUCCCUCGUUGCAUUCUGGGAACCAGGCCUUUUAGGAUUUUCAGUGUGCUACAGCAGUAUGGGCACAAGGGCCACCACUGCUCUUCAUCACGGAGAGCAUCGUAUCCUGUCCCCCAGCAGCCAACAGCCUCCCAAAGCAGCUCUUACCCAUUUGGGCUUGAUUGUCAACACACUUAUCACGGGGCUGGGCCCCUUGCAUGAGCAGAGCAGGGAUUGCCCAAGCCUCCCAGAGGUGGUCUGCACUGAAUCCAUCCUUAACUCAUGCCAGGGGAUCUCUGGCCACUAAGUUAGUUCUAUACAUGUAAAACGACAGUAAGAGCUGCUCUGGAAAGAAGAUGGAGAGGGACAGGAGGAAUGUCUUUGGCCAAAUCUUGACCUUAAGCAAAAGACACAGAGCAACACACUUGCAGGAGUCGAUAUCUAUUUAAUGUUUGCUUAAGUUGUAAAGCUGUUUUUUCCUUUGUUUAAAAUAAAGUUAUACCACAAAACUGAUGAGCAGCAAAUGCAUGGAGAACCUUCAUUUUUUAUAUAAAAUACAGUGUAUUUAACCAGCA